CACUAUAAUUAGAACUUACGACGGGAUAUUUACCAUGUUUAUUGAAUUUGGUGAAAGUAUGCUUGGCACAUCUAAACAACAUGCACGCGAAGAUUAACUUCACUUACGAGUUGGAAAAUGAGAGGACAUUGCCAUUUCUGGACGUGAAGAUUUUAGUUCGUGCUGACGGCUCUCUGGGACACUCGGUUUACAGGAAAUCGACUCACACUGACCGAUAUUUACAAGCUGAUUCUCACCACCAUCCCAGACAACUAAACUCUGUAGUCACCUCACUCACCAACCGCGCAUAUGAUUUAUGCGACGAGGAACAUCUACAGGAGGAGCUGACACAUGUGAUGAAGGUGCUGCGGAGUAACGGAUAUAGGAUUGCAAAGCACAAGAAGAAACCCACUAAUAGACAUCGGAGGUGCGAGGUUGAGAGGCAACCAGCAUUUAUGCCAUAUGUGAAGGGAGUGACAGAUAAGGUUGCAAACAUUCUCCACAAAUACGCCAUUAAGACUGUCUUCACUCCUUUCCGGAAAGUUUCCCAGACGCUGCGCUCGCCGAAGGAUAGCUUCCCUCUAGAAAGACCUGGUGUCUAUAAAGUGGACUGUAGUUGUGGCAAAUCAUAUAUCGGUCAGACUAAGCGUACUGUGGCUUGUAGAAUUUCUGAGCAUAUCAGAGCGGUGAAAAACAACGACGCACAAAAAUCCGCUAUAGCUCAACACAUCCUGGAGGCGGGAUCAAGCCACUGGAUUGAGUUACAUAACCCACAAGUUAUCUCGACAGAACGCCACUAUAUACCUAGACUGGUAAGAGAAGCGAUUGAGAUAACCAAGUACAAAAACUUCAACCGGGAGGAUGGGUUUCAACUGUCGAGGGCUUGGAAUCCAGUGGUCCAACUGUGUAAAACCCGCAAAAGUGCCAAGAAAGAAAAAGUUCGCGAGCGGACACAGUGAGUUUUGUGUGUCGAGAAUUAAACCGAGAUACAAGUGACAAUGGUAGUGGUGUUAGUGACGUCAGCAAGAAACGAACGAGAAAGCGGGUAGACCGAUUUGUCUGCUCG